UAUGCAAAUUGGUAUCAAAUACUUAACAAGAUUCACAGAGUCAAUGAGCUUGCUUCUACUAUAAUACCAACUUCGACUUAUAAAAAUAAUAGAGAAGUAGUUAAUGCUGAAGUAAUAGAUAACAGUAAAGACAUAGAA